AAUAAUAUCAAUUACUAUUAGGAGCCAUAUAUUGCAGAUGAAGCAAGGUAAAAAAAUGAGAGGUAGAGAGAGAGAUAGAAAGAGAGAGAGAGAUUGGGGAUGGAGACCUCAUCGUCGACGGUUAGCACAGUCAUACGAGAGGUUCAAAAUCCAGGAGAAGGGACGUCUCCAGCAGAAUUCGAGCGUCUAUGACAAGAGAAUUUACAACCAGGCAAUCCCUUUUUUCUUCACAAAUUACCCAGAAGAUUGGUCGUUUGAGCAGAUGUGGCACACUUUCAACAUACUAGGCCUCGGACGGGUGAUAGAGAUUGAUUGCCCGGAGAAGAGAGACAGAUUGGGCAGACGAUUCGAGUUCGUUCGAUUCCUGGAUGUGAAGAAUGAAGGAGAACUGGAAAGAAGAUUAAAUGAAAUCAGGCUAGGGAAUCAUGUACUGCAAGCAAACAAACCAAGAUUCAUGAAAGGGGAUCGUUUUAAAAAGGCGAUUCCGAGUAUCCAGACCAGGUUCCCGAAUAGGAGUCAUCAAAGCACUUUGGGUGCCAAUAACAAACCAUCCUAUGCUGAGGUCGUCAAAGCUGCUAUCAGAAAUGGGGGAGGAAGACCCAUGAGUAGAAGAUGGGAGAGAAGAACAGAGCAUAGGUAUGCAGGAAAUGAAUUCAGCAACUUAGUAGGCCAGCAAAGGGAAUGGCAACCAAAACAUCAGAACCAGCAAUGGUCGGGCAUGGAGCUGAAAGUCGACCAGGGAGAAUACGCAUGGCUUGAAAAGUGCUUUGUCGGCAAAGCACAUUCGGUGAAUUUGAUCCCGAAUCUGCAAGAAAAACUUUUCUUGGAAGGAGUUUUUUACUGCAAGAUUACACCAUUAGGAGGCAGGCUAGUGUUAUUAGAAGGCAAGGAUUAUGAGGAUUUGAAGGAGCUGGUAGAGAAAGGAAAAGACUGGUUGGGGCAGUGGUUUGAAGAGGUGAAACCAUGGUCCCCUUCUGUGGUUGCUACAGAGAGGUUUGCGUGGAUCCGAUGCCAGGGGCUACCAGCGCAUGCUUGGAAAUUAGAGUCUUUCCAAACCUUCGGAAGAUUAUGGGGAAGUCUGAUAUCCCUAGAUGAUAGCACUAGCAGCAAGAAGAGAUUUGAUGCUGCAAGAUUCUUGAUCACCACACCAUCCUCAGAGUCAAUUUCCAAGACAAUUACAGUUAAGAUUAAUGGUGAAUUCUUCACCCUGAAGUUCACAGAAGAAGAGUCAACUAAUUCCCUAUUCACCAUGAGAUCGGAUAGGGUAAUCCAUGCUCCAAAGGAAGAUGAAGACGAAGAAGGUAGUUCCCUAGACAGCCGGUAUGAGUUUGAUUCUGACAAAAAUAUGGAUCUAUUAGAGCAAGAUGAGUGCCAGUCUUUGGGCGAGGAAGACGCCGGUGGUAAGAAGUCUUUGGAGGAUGAUUUGUCAACCCAGAAGGCGGAUGUCGAUGGUAAGGGGAUCAUAGAAGAUGAGCUGGCAGCCCAGACCGAUGAGGAAGGAAACUCGACCGAGGUGGCAACCCAUGAUGAUGAGGUGGAUAGCUACAGCAAGGAGUUUGAAAGCUCUAAAAGGAAAAUGGGUGAGGUGGACUCUACCAAUACCGAGAUGGUCAAGGAAUCAGUGGGCAUGGGCGAAAACAGGAAGGGGGUUCAAAAUUCAAAUUCAAACUCAACAAAUCCAGGAGUGGGGGAUACAAGAAAGAUAACGGCUAUCCCAGAAGUGACGGCUCAUAAAGGAAAUCUGGAAUCUGACAGUCAAUUCAGCACCAAUGCAGAAAAAGGCAGCAUCAGCAAGUCCAAUCACAAAAGAAGAAGCACUUUAGAAGAAGGAAGAAGUCGUGGAUCAGAAGAAGGAAAUGCUGGGGCCUUAUAUGCUGGGCUUUCAACAAUUGAAAUGGGCCUAGAAGAGGAGUUGGGGCCGAGGAUGGAUGAUCCUAUUAGGCCAUCAAAUAUAGGCCCAAUUGAGCAGACGGGGAAGAUUAACUCCAAAUCGGUCAUAAAAAACAGAAAAUCAGUCUCUUCUUUCUGGGAUGACCUCGUGAGUGAUUCUGAUCUUGAUGCUCCAGCACCGUGGAUGACCAGCAUCGAUGGAAUUGGGAGAAGAAAUAAGAAGAGAAGAGCGAAGUCCUACGCCUCGGUUUACAGAAAAACAGGGGGAUUGGAAGGCAUCUUAGUGCAGCAGAAUCGGAAAGGGCAGAGAAAUGCAUCAGAGAAAUCUAAGAAGGAGAUUCGGUUCGAAAAAAAUCCAGAGAAGCCGGUUGCAGAUACCUCGAUCAAUGACAGCAACAUCCAAAACCGUAACAGAAGCAUAGAAUCGAGAAGCAGGAAACGAAACAUGGAAGCUUUAUGGUCCCGGGUCAAAGAGAUAGGGGUAACGGUACAAGGAAAGGAAUCAGAGGUGGUACAGAAACUGAAAGAAAUGGAAAGCCGCGACAAGGAAAUUUGGAGGAGGGAGGAAGAAAAGAAGCUCAGAAAAGGAGAUCAGUGGGUAGAUCAACCAGCCAUUGGAACAUCAGGAGGAAUCCUAAUUAUUUGGAACUCUGGUAUUUUUAAGAAGAAUAGAUGCUUCCAAGGGACGGGAUUUUUGGGAGUUAUGGGGACGUGGGGAGAAGAAAGUAUUCCGUGUUAUCUGGUAAAUGUCUACUCUCCUUGUGAUUUGGCUGGUAAGAGAUCCUCAUGGGAGAAUCUGUCAAAUAUUAUCUCCACUUAUAGAGGUAACUGGUGCAUAGCUGGGGAUUUCAAUGCCAUCAGAAGUCUUCAGGAAAGAAGAGGAGGCAUUAGUAUCAGAAGGGAGCUCAAGGAGUUUAAUGAGUUCAUUGAAAGGAAUGGGUUGGUGGAUAUCCCUCUGUUAGGGAGAAAAUUCACUUGGUAUCAACCGAACGGGAAGUGUAUGAGUCGCUUGGAUAGAUUCUUAUUUUCUGAGGAAUGGCUGCUUAACUGGACAGACCUGAAGCAAUGGGGGCUACCUAGGUCUCUGUCUGACCAUUGUCCAAUUCUGGUGAGGAAUGAAGCACGCAACUGGGGACCAAAACCGUUCAGAUUUUUUAAUGUGUGGCUUCAAGACUCGGAGUUCAGAGAAAUGGUUAAAAAUCAGUGGAAUAAUGCAAACACUCAAGGAUGGGGAGGCUUUGUGCUGAAAGAAAAGUUAAAAAGUUUGAAAUCUAGAAUAAAGGAAUGGGCACGGGAUCAUGUGCAGCUGGUGGAUAAUCAAAUUGAGAAAGCAAAAGCCAAUAUAGCCGAACUUGACUAUAAGGGGGAAUCACAACAGCUUAACGAGUCGGAUUGCCUUCUCAUGAGGGACCUAAUGGUAUCUUUAUGGGAAAAUGUCCAGAUUAAAGUGGAAAUGGCAAAGCAAAAAUCAAGGAUGACAUGGAUGAAAGAAGGGGAUGCAAAUACUAAAUUCUUUCACCGAUGUAUUAAAGGUAGAUGGAGAAGGAAUGAGAUUAAUUCCUUAAUAGUCGGAGGGAAGGUUUUGCAAGAAGUAAAAGAGUUAAAAGAUGGAGUCACCGAUCACUUCAUGAAUCUUUUUGCAGAGGAUGGUUGGAAGCGGUCAGUCUUGGACGGAGUGGGAUUUAAGAAACUUUCAGAAAAUGAUAAGGAUCUACUAACAGAGCCAUUUCUUGAAUCAGAGGUUAAAGAGGCAGUCUGGAAUUGUGAUAGUACAAAGGCUCCAGGACCAGAUGGUUUUAGUUUUGGUUUCUUGAAAGCAGAAUGGGAAGUGAUCAAAGGGGACAUUCUUAAAUUUCUAGCAGAUUUUCAUAGUAACAGUAGGUUGGUGAGGGGCUCUAACUCGUCAUUUCUGGUUUUGAUUCCAAAGAAGGAGAACCCUCAAGGAAUUGACGAGUACAGACCUAUUUCCUUGAUAGGUUGUAUGUACAAAAUUUUUGCUAAAAUAUUAGCCAACAGAUUGAGUAAGGUCAUGAAUGGGCUCAUAGGUGAACAACAAUCAGCAUUCAUCGGAGGGAGACAACUAGCUGACGGCGCAGUCAUUGCAAAUGAAGCGAUUGACGAGAUUAAAAGGAAAAAAAUGAGAUGCUUCCUUUUUAAGGCCGACUUUGAGAAGGCAUACGACAACAUCAGUUGGGAGUUUCUGGACUACAUGCUGGAAAGGAUGAAUUUCGGGUCGGUUUGGAGGGGAUGGAUUCAAGAAUGCCUACGAACAAACUCAGUUUCAGUAUUACUCAAUGGUAGCCCUACAAAGGAGUUCGUUAUGCAAAGAGGUCUAAGGCAAGGAGAUCCCUUAGCACCCUUCUUGUUUCUUAUAGUAGCGGAAGGUCUUAAUGGCAUCAUAUCGUCGGCUGUCGCGAAAAACCUAUUUGAAGGAGUCCCAAUGGGAGAAGGGAGUAUGAAUAUCUCUCACUUACAAUUCGCGGAUGACACACUGUUAUUAGGGGUAGCAACAGAAGAAAAUAUAUGGACCUCAAAAUGCAUCAUGAGGGCUUUUGAGCUAGUCUCCGGCCUAAAAGUUAAUUAUGGCAAAAGCUCUCUUAUUGGAAUCAAUGUCGACAACCUAUGGGAAAAGGAAAUGACAUGGUUAUUAAACUGCAAAUCAGGGUCCUUGCCGUGUAAGUACCUGGGUAUACCUUUGGGUGCAGAUCCGAGAAGGAUAGAUACAUGGAAGCCACUGAUCGACUCUUUUAAAAGAAAAUUAUCAACAUGGAAGGGGCGCUAUCUAUCUCUUGGAGGUAGAAUUACACUCAUAAACUUUGUGCUAUCUAGUCUACCAGUGUUCCUAAUGUCCUUUUAUCUCAUCCCAAAGACCGUCAUAAGGGAGUUAGACAAAAUAAGGAGGAGAUUUUUAUGGGGGGGUGCUGAGGAGAGGAAUAAAGUUGCAUGGGUAGCAUGGGAGAAUAUCUGUCUUAACAAGCUUGAAGGGGGAUUGGGUAUAAAAAAUCUGUCAUGUUUCAACAAGUCAUUACUAGGAAAAUGGUGGGGAAGACUGCUUAUGGAAAAGGGGGGCCUGUGGAAGAGAGUCUUAGCUGAAAAAUAUGGGAUUAAGGAAGGGUAUUGGCUUACUUGUUUGAAGGAGGGUAGAUCCCAAGGCUCUAAAUGGUGGAGGGAUGUGCGUAAAAUAGAUCAAGGGGAGGGUGCAAAAAAUAAUUGGGUGAGCUCAGGUUUUGUAGCAAAAUUGGGGGAUGGUGGAUCUUUGAAGUUUUGGUCGGAUGAAUGGGUAGGAGGGAGUGCUCUCUCUAACAAAUUCCCCCGCUUGUUUUUAUUAUCCACGGGCCAAAACGCAAAGGUUAAAGAAAUGGGAACCUGGAGGAACGGUAGCUGGCAUUGGAAACUACCAUGGAAGCGUCAACUUCGUUCAUGGGAGGAAGACCUUCAAAAGGAGCUAUUAGAGAUAAUCAAUUCGGCUCACCCAAUUCAGAACGAAGAAGAUCAAUGGAGAUGGCAUCUCGAAAACUCAGGAGUCUAUACAACCAAGACUGCAUAUUCCCAACUCUCAAAAGGUGGCUCAAGGCCUGCUGGAGACUUCAAGAGGAUAUGGAAAGCUCCCAUUCCAUCUAAAGUAAGUGCUUUUUGUUGGCAAUUACUUCACAAGAAACUCCCCACAAAAGAUAAUCUUGCAGUUCGGGGAAUUUUAACUGACCCAUCUAGCUUAAAUUGCUGUUGGUGUGAUGCAUGUCCCGAAUCCCCUGACCACAUGUUUUUUCAUUGUAAUUUGGCUUAUUCUUUGUGGAUGGAAUGCUAUAAGUGGUGGGGAGUGCAUUAUGUCAUGAGUAAUUCUUGUAGGAUGGCCUUAGAUCAACACAUAUGGACUGGGGGCAAGAAAUUAAUAAAUAGAGGGUGGAACAUCAUUUGGUUUGCAGUGGUUUGGACUCUAUGGCUGGGAAGGAACGACUUGAUUUUUAACAAAAAGGAGGCAAAGGUUGACCGUUUUUUUGAGCUAGUUCAAUCUCGAUCUUUCUUUUGGGCUAAAAACAUAGCUGGUAUGGAUGGAUUUUCUCUGUCAGCUUGGGUCGAGAACCCAACAAAUUGCUUAAAGAUCAAAGUUACUUAGGAAGACAGUGAUUGAACUAGAAUUAUUUUGGUUUUUACUCUGUUAUGCUCUGUUUCAGCAGCUGGUAGGAUAAAUUUUUGUAACCUGCUGUUCUGCUGUCCGUGUAAGUAAUGGGAUGGAAUACCCCUAGUAUUCCAAUAUCAAUAUACCAUUUGCUUUUCA